CCGCCUUCCCGACACCAACCUGCCUCGUUCGCUUCUAUCUCGUACUCGGUACAGCAACACAAGGCGUGCGAUCCUAAGCAUGAUCUAGACCUGUCGGAGCGGCCCUUUUUCUGCUAAAUUACUCGCGCGACCCUCCUGAAGCUCGCCGAUCACUAAUUACCCGCAGUGGCUCACGGCACCACUGCAACUCGAUUUACCACUUCUCCUGUUUCUGUGGAAGAGGGUCCCGGACAUCGCUGAGACCUAAUAACCAUACUCAUGGCAAUGAAUAGGAUACGAGGCGCCUUUGCGGUGCCCAGGAAGGGAGAAACCUUUGAAUUGCGAGCUGGUCUUGUUUCUCAAUAUGCCUAUGAACGGAAAGAAGCCAUCCAGAAGACCAUCAUGGCCAUGACCCUGGGGAAGGACGUCUCUGCUCUCUUCCCCGAUGUCCUCAAAAACAUUGCUACCAGCGAUAUAGAGCAGAAGAAACUUGUAUAUCUCUAUCUAAUGAAUUAUGCCAAAUCCCACCCCGACCUUUGUAUCCUUGCCGUUAAUACCUUCGUACAAGACUCCGAAGACCCGAACCCCCUUAUCAGAGCGCUCGCCAUUCGGACUAUGGGGUGUAUUAGAGUGGAUAAAAUGGUUGACUACAUGGAGGAGCCGCUCCGGAAGACGUUGAAUGACGAGUCCCCGUACGUUCGCAAGACAGCUGCAAUAUGCGUAGCCAAGCUUUUCGAUCUGGAUUCCAACAUGUGCCUCGAAAAUGGUUUUCUGGAGAGACUACAGGAGAUGAUUGGGGAUCCCAACCCGAUGGUGGUCGCGAACUCGGUUACAGCACUGUCGGAGAUCCACCAUUCGGCCCCUGAGACCAAUGCCCUUCAGGUGACACCCAACACAUUGCGGAAGUUGCUGAUGGCAUUGAACGAGUGCACAGAAUGGGGACGCGUUACUAUCCUCUCAACGCUAGCGGAGUAUAAGACCGCCGAUGUUAAAGAGUCGGAGCACAUUUGCGAACGGGUUGCACCGCAAUUCCAGCACGUUAAUGCCAGUGUGGUAGUCGCGGCUGUCAAAGUCGUCUUCUUGCACAUGAAGAACAUCGGGCCAGAGCUAGCUCAGACGUAUCUGAGGAAGAUGGCGCCACCUCUCGUAACCUUGGUAUCUUCAGCCCCAGAAGUGCAGUAUGUGGCUUUGAGAAACAUCGACCUACUGCUGCAGAAGCAGCCGGACAUUUUGAAUAAAGAGCUUCGAGUCUUCUUCUGCAAAUACAACGAUCCCCCUUACGUCAAAUUCCAGAAACUUGAGAUUAUGGUGCGGAUAGCAAGCGACCGGAACGUCGACCAGCUACUUGCGGAGCUGAGAGAAUAUGCGUUGGAAGUCGAUAUGGAUUUUGUCCGUCGCGCUGUCAAGGCUAUUGGCCAGGUUGCCAUUAAAAUUGAGAGCGCAAGCGAGAAGUGUGUCAAUACCCUGCUGGAUCUCAUAGCUACCAAGGUGAACUAUGUGGUGCAGGAAGCGAUUGUGGUAAUCAAGGAUAUUUUCCGAAAGUACCCUGGAUAUGAGGGCAUCAUUCCUACUCUCUGCAAGUGCAUCGAUGAACUGGAUGAGCCGAAUGCCAGGGCGUCCCUCAUCUGGAUUGUGGGCGAAUAUGCUGAGAAGAUCAGCAACGCGGGAGAUAUUCUCUCCGGCUUUGUUGACGGUUUCAAUGAGGAAUUCAGCCAGACCCAGUUGCAAAUCCUAACUGCAGUUGUCAAGCUCUUCUUGAAGCGGCCCGAUAAGGCACAGGGACUUGUACAGAAGGUACUCCAAGCAGCCACCGCUGAGAAUGACAACCCGGAUGUGCGUGAUCGGGCAUACAUUUACUGGCGAUUGCUUUCGAACACGAUCGAUCCGAGUGCCACCAAAAAAGUUGUACUCUCAGAAAAGCCCCCAAUUGUGACCACCAUCCAAUCAUUGCCACCUCUGGUCCUCGAAAAGCUUCUUAGUGAACUAUCAACUCUUGCUUCUGUGUACCACAAGCUUCCAGAGCAGUUCGUCGGCCAGGGUCGGUUCGGCGCUGACGCGGUUCAGCGGGCGGCUAUUCAGGAGCAAAUUGACAACGCUCGCGAGAACCCACUCGCUGCGGCAGCCGCUGCGGCCGCAGUCACCGGUAAUGAACCUCCCGCACAGGCCCAGAACAAUAUCGAAAACCUUUUGGACAUCGAUUUCGACGGUGCAGCUCCGGCAUCUGCCCAGAAGGAACCGUCUGGCGGUUUGACAGGCCUCGAAGGUCUCGCAGGCACGCCCGUCCGGGUCGAGUCUCCCACCGUUGGUUCUCCUUCUCCAGCACCCGCCAUAAGUAACAACCUUGAUGACCUAUUAGGAGUCUUUGGUGAUGGGAGCGUCGCGCCCGCCCCAGCCAGUGGUGCGAAUGGCACCAGUGCUGGCGCAGAUCUACUAAAUGGGCUCUCUGGAUUGGACCUCUCCGGCAGUGGAACUGCCAACAACACGGCACCAUCGGCGACUAAUCAGAAGAAGACUAACGAGGACAUACUAUCACUUUUCUGAUUGAGUGCUGUCUGUUGAAAAUAGGGAAGUGGCAUGCAUGCAUUGUCUUCAUUGGUUGUGUUGGGGGGUGGAAGAUGUCUUCACAGAUGAGCAUGUAAUGAAAUAGAAACUUUUCUUCUUCUUCUUCUUUCUUUUUGAUUGACAUGCAUAUAUAUGAUAUCUACUUCACCUCGCUGUCUUACCUAUUUAUACUGUAGUCAAGCGCUGUGCUGGUCUUCCCCUUCCCGUGUUCUGUUUGUCUGAGUUUCUUCGGCUCUUCUUCUUUAUCUCUGCACUGAGAUAGAUGGCUUUGUAGAAAAAUGUAUAUUUUUAGCAAUUUAAACAUAGGGUAUGAAGAGAUAGUGCGUGGUGUCAUAAUAAUGCGAUUCAAAUCUCU